CAGCGGGCGCAGGCAGUGACGACUCCCCUCGCCUCGCCGCCGGACGCGACGGCCACAACAAAAUCGGGCGCAUUCCCCACUACACAUCCCGGAAAUAUCCCCAAACCCUCGCCCUCCUCCUCCGCCGCCGGCCGCCAGAUCUCCGGCCAUGGACGACGACGCCGCGGCCUCGGCCUCGGCCUCGGCCUCGCCCUCCCCGUCGCGCUCCCUCUCCCCGCUCCCGGUCGCCGAUCCUGUUACCGUCGCCGCCGCUCCACCCGGCCACGUCGCCGUCGCCAUACCCCUCCGCAAGCCCUCGCCCUCCAGCGGCGGCGGCGGCGGUGGCCGGGAGGAUGCGUGGAGCGACGGCGCCACCUCCGCGCUGAUCGACGCCUGGGGGGAGCGCUUCGUGGCCCUCGGCCGCGGCAGCCUCCGCCACCCGCAGUGGCAAGAGGUCGCCGAGGUCGUCUCCUCCCGCGACGGCUACUCCAAGGUGCCCAAAUCCGACGUCCAGUGCAAGAACCGCAUCGACACCCUCAAGAAGAAGUACAAGAUCGAGAAGGCCAGGCACGACACCUCGUGGCCCUUCUUCUACCGCCUCGACGACCUCCUCGGCCCCGUCCACAAGCCCGGGGCGCCCAAUUCUUCCUCUGCUGCUGCUGCUGCUGCUGCGGCGGCGGCGGCCGCCCGGAGUGCCGCGCCUAUGAUGCCGCCGCGCGUCAACUUCCCGCAGCGGACCCGCACGCCCCUCCAGCCCUCGGCGGGGGCCAAGCGGAGGAUGCCGUCGCCACCGCCCCAGGCGUCGGCGUCAUCCGAGUCGUCCGACGGUUUCCCGCCGGAGCCACCGAUGGCGGCGGUGGCAAACGGAAAGAGGCAGCGCGUCGUCGAAGAGGAGCCCGGGGCGAACGGCGGCGAGAGCAGCAACCGCGUGCAGGGGCUGCGCGAGCUGGCUCAGGCGAUCCGGCGACUAGGCGAGGUGUAUGAGCGCGUCGAGAGCGCUAAGAGGGACCAGGAGCUCCGGAUGGAGAGGGAGCGCCUUGACGCUGCACGCCAGCUCGAGGACCAGCGGGUGCAGUUCUUCCUCAAGAUGCAGAUGGAACUCUCAAAGGCCAACGGUGCCGCUCCCUCGGCUGCACCCAUGGCCGUUGCCACCUCAGCUGACGGCAAUGGCACUAGGAGAGCAGCCAUGGCCAACGAUGUCGCGACCAGCAGCAAUCACCGCGUCCGGUACCGCAUCAAGGGCAGCAGGCACCGCCACGCCCCGCGGCAGCCACAUUACCAGAACAACUCUGCUGCGGCCGCCCCUGCCUCCGGGAACGGCAGCGACUCGGACAAGGAAGACGAGGAGGAUGUGGAGGAUGAAGAGGAAUAGAGCCAGUAAUGGCUCUAGCUCUACUCCGAUCCUCUGUAGCAAUGGCGAUUCAAGAAUUUGUGUCGGUUAAUUGGUAUUUGCUCUAGUAGAAUUGCUCCCAGUUAGGUUUUCUUGGAGCUAAGAAAUGACUAGUGAGUACUAGGUGGUAGCGGUGGUGUUAGCAACAAUCAAGGAGUAGCUGAGUUGUGGUAAGUGCCUGUGAGUGUAACUUGUACCUGCCUGUUUGUGCUGAUGAUUGUCAUCUGUUGUCAAGAAAAUUGUCAUGGAGAAUGAAUGUCUCAUCAAAUGUAACAUGUUUAUUUAUAUGACAACGUUAGCUAUGUC